CAAGAAUCUCGACCAAUGAGAAAUUGAGGAGUUUGCCUUCAGAUGCGCUAUAAACCUGGGGCCCCUCUGCGAAACAGAAUAUUCAGGACCGCAGGUGUUUUCAUCAUGAGGGUGUAUUUGGCAGCCUUCACGUUGUGCCUCAGUGCAGUAUUUGCUGCUCCAACGUUGGACACGCAGUUAGACGACCAUUGGGAGCAGUGGAAGAACUGGCACAGUAAAAAAUACCAUGAAAAGGAGGAGGGGUGGAGGCGAAUGGUCUGGGAGAAAAACUUGAAAAAGAUCGAACUGCACAAUCUUGAGCACUCCAUGGGCACACACACUUACAGACUCGGAAUGAACCAGUUUGGUGAUAUGACUCAUGAGGAGUUCAGGCAGGUGAUGAAUGGCUACAAACACAAGAAGGAGAGACGAUUCAGGGGAUCUCUCUUCAUGGAGCCCAACUUCCUGGAGGUCCCAAAUAAGUUGGACUGGAGAGAAAAGGGAUACGUGACUCCCGUGAAAGAUCAGGGUGAGUGUGGUUCUUGCUGGGCCUUCAGCACUACUGGAGCCAUGGAGGGUCAGAUGUUCCGGAAGUCAGGAAAUCUGGUGUCUCUGAGUGAGCAGAACCUGGUGGACUGCUCCCGUCCUGAAGGCAACGAGGGCUGUAACGGAGGUCUAAUGGACCAGGCUUUCCAGUACAUCAAAGACCAGAAUGGUCUGGACUCAGAGGAGUCCUACCCCUAUUUGGGAACUGAUGAUCAGCCCUGCCAUUAUGAUCCCAAAUACAGCGCAGCUAAUGACACUGGAUUCGUUGACAUUCCCAGUGGAAAGGAACAUGCUCUGAUGAAAGCUAUAGUUGCUGUGGGGCCAGUGUCUGUGGCUAUUGACGCUGGACACGAGUCUUUCCAGUUCUACCAGUCAGGCAUCUACUAUGAAAAAGACUGCAGCAGCGAGGAGCUAGAUCAUGGUGUUCUUGCCGUUGGUUAUGGGUUUGAGGGCGAGGAUGUUGAUGGAAAGAAGUAUUGGAUUGUCAAGAACAGCUGGAGUGAGAAUUGGGGUGAUAAAGGUUAUAUCUACAUGGCCAAGGACAGACACAACCACUGUGGUAUUGCUACAGCUGCUAGCUACCCUCUCGUCUAAGGAAGAUGUCUCCAGUAUCAAGACAUAGUAGCAGAAGGUCACAUUAGUGUCUCAGUGCCUGAGUGGUUCACUGAAACCCACUAGUGUAGUGAAUAAGGAGUCACCUGACACGGGUGACUGUGUGUCUCACAGCCUGGUUGAGACUGUGACAGAGAAACCUCAAGCUCUAGGUAUUGUGUGACAUUGUUUUAGGAAAUUUA